AUGACGACAGAAACAAAGGCCACUAUCUCCACUGUCGAUCCUACUUCUCACUACUACCUUAGCACAUCCGAGAAUCCUGGAAUACCUAUUGUCCGAUUCCUCCUAACAGGAGACCUCAAUUACAAAAAUUGCCUCUCCAAACCUGAUAAGACCUCCCUAGAUGCUAAUGCUUGGGACAGAUGCAAUUCUAUGGUUAUGGCAUGGAUUGUGGCGUCCUUAGAAAAGAGAAUUCGAGGGACGAUCAUGUACGCUAAGACAGCAAAGAAUAUGUGGGAAAUCCUUAAGCAAAGGUAUUCUCAGGUUAAUGCUCCUCAUGUUCACAAACUGAGAAGGGAGAUUAGCUUGUUGCAACAAGGAAAUCUUAGUGUGACAGAUUACUUCAAUAAAUUGCAAGAGUUGUGGGAUGAACUUGCUUCCUACAACCCUAUUCCCAAAUGCACUUGUGGAGCUGCUGAUGAGUUCUCCAAACAGCUAAAUGAAGAAAGGAUACAUCAAUUCCUUAUGGGAUUAGACAAUCAUCAUUUUGGUACAAUGAGAUCUCAGAUUUUGAAUUCAAAAUCAAUGAAAGAUAUUGAUCAAAUCUAUGCACAAGCCGUAAGGGAAGAAAGGCAAAGCACCAUUAUUACUUCACUUGAAGCAAAGCCAUUUGAAGCAGCAGCUUUCCAUGCUGGUGGAUCACACUAUGUCAAUAAGCCUAGUUGUUCUCACUGA